UAAUUGCUGGCACCAACACAACAUCACUGUACAAUACGGUUCUCCCUCCCCUUCUAUCCCUCCCUCCCUCAAUCCAUUCACCAAUCCCUCUCCCUCGCCUCCCUCUCCCUCGCCUCCCUCUCCCUUCCCACAGCAGCAGCAGCAGCAGCAGCAGCAAGAAUGCAAUCCCUCCUCCGCAGUACGCGCAUGUUAGGCGGCGCACGGCUCCAAGCGCGAGCCGUCGCCGCAGCCACGGCCACGACGCGAAGCUACAGCUCCGCCGUCGACAGCUACUUCCAGAACGAGCCUUCGGGGCCAUCCGUAAAGAGUGCGAUCCCGGGCCCCGCGGCACAGACGGCAAUUGCGGAGCUGAACGAGAUAUUUGAUACACGCAGCAUCAACAUGAUGUGUGACUAUGAGAAGAGCGUGGGGAAUUAUGUUGCGGAUUUGGACGGGAAUAUGUUAUUGGAUGUCUACGCCCAAAUCGCCUCCAUUCCGAUAGGUUAUAACAACGCGGCUUUGCGAUCCGCCGCCAGCUCUCCCGAGAUGGUCAACUCCCUGAUCAACCGGCCGGCAUUGGGCAAUUUCCCACCGGGGGAUUACGCGCACCUUCUCAAAACGGGGAUCCUGUCCGUCGCUCCUCCGGGGCUGAACCAAGUCUUUACCGCGCUGUCCGGCUCAGACGCCAACGAGACGGCGUACAAAGCGGCGUGCAUGUACUACCGACGGCGGGAGCGGGGGGAAGGGGCGGAGUUUACCGCCGAGGAGAUGUCUAGCAGCAUGAACAACGCAGCGCCGGGCAGCCCCGACCUGGCGAUCCUGAGCUUCAAGAAAGCGUUCCACGGGCGGCUGUUUGCGACACUCAGCACAACCCGCAGCAAGCCGAUCCACAAGCUGGACAUCCCCGCGUUCCCAUGGCCGCAGGCCGAUUUCCCAGCGCUGAAAUACCCGCUCGCCGCCUUCACGGCCGAGAACGCGGCGGAGGAAGCGCGCUGCCUCGCGCACGUCGAGGAGAUCCUGACGGGGUGGAAGGCCCCCGUUGUUGCCGUGGUGAUCGAGCCCGUGCAGAGCGAGGGCGGCGAUAACCACGCGUCGCCAGCGUUCUUCCGGGGGCUGCGCGCGGUCACACAGAAGCACAACGUGCUCCUCAUCGUCGACGAGGUGCAGACAGGCGUGGGCGCCACGGGCAGGUUUUGGGCGCACGAGCAUUGGGACCUCCCGACACCGCCGGAUCUCGUCACGUUCUCGAAGAAGGCGCAGACCGCGGGUUACUACUUCGGAAACCCCGCGCUAAGACCGAAUAAGGCGUACAGACAGUUCAAUACUUGGAUGGGUGAUCCGGCCAGGGCGAUAAUCUUCCGCGCUAUCAUACAGGAGAUCAAGCGCCUCGAUCUGGUCAAGCAUACCGCGGCCACGGGGGAGUUCCUGUAUGCCGGCCUGGCUACGCUGGCGGAGAAGUAUCCGGACGAAAUCCGCAAUCUGAGGGGCCAGGGCCAGGGAACGUUCAUUGCGUGGGACUCCCCGCGGCGAGAUGAGUUCCUGAAGGUCAUGAAGACGCACGGUGUCAAUGUCGGCGGGUCCGGCGAGUCGGCGGUCAGGUUGAGGCCCAUGCUGGUGUUUGCGGAGAAGCAUGCGGAGAUCCUGCUGGAGAAGAUCGAGGCUGGGAUCAAGAAAUGAGUCGCACUGCACUGGAUUGGAUUGGAGUGAAGGAAUACGGUUGUUACACCAACUUGUCGCCUGUUGGCUUUGUACCACCAGCGCGGUAGAGUACCGUACCGUAGUGAGACUUCUUCUGCCACCAGUCGUAGAAUUAUAUCGUCCGUCCGCAGAAUUGCCAUCCAUCCAUCUAUCUAUCC